UCUGAAUGCAAUGCGUAUUGAAAGUGUGUAAAUACAUGCUCAAAUAUUAUCGACGUACGGUAGACUGCAUGAAAGAUAUGUAGUUUAAAAAAAAAAACUCAAGUAACUGCCUAGUAUCUUCGCAUAAUUAUUGAGAAUUUAAUACGAGAGCAUAAUGACAUCAUUAAAGAACAGUGAAAGGUUAUCCGAAGUUUUGGAAUUGUUUCUGUUACCUAAUUAUAACAUUGCAUCUACUACUUAUCUUGAUCUCCUGUUAACCCACAUUUCUCAGAAUAUAAAAGAGUGUACAUCGGACGAUUACGAGCAUUGUGUAUUACUCCAAAAGUGGGUGUUGAGAGCAUUGAACAUUUGGAACUCCGAUUGCAAACCUCCUCAGUCUAUAAGUGUGUUUACUUUGAAACUUGUGGGAAUAAUUUCACGUAAUGAAUUACGUUUUCAUUACUGGCGAUGCCAGGAUGUGUACAAUAGACUGUGCAAUGUUUUUAAACUUCACGAUGAUGACUUGCCAGCAUCUAUUAAAAUGGCUUACACUACAAUGUUAUCCGAUUUGAUCAAACAUCGAAGUGGCAGACAGUGGAUUAUAGAUUCUGAUGUUUGGAAGGAUAUUGUAAAAUAUGCACAUUGGAAUCACACUAUGUAUGUUACACGUGAAAGCCAAACAUUUUUGUGGCUUUUGCUUUUACAAGAACAACAAAAUAUCAAUUUUUGUAAAGAAGUUAUUUUGACAAUUGCUGCACCAUUAAUGUCGAGCACUUUUAAGUCUCAAGUAUGCAAUGGGUUGGAAGAUAAUUAUCUGGAACAAAAUGCAUUACUAUGUACUACGUUGGAUUUAUUAACUAGUAUAGUGGAGAACACAUUAUUCGCAAACAUAGAUAAUAUGAUACCUGAAUUAUGCCAAGAAGUUAUUAAUUUAGAUAUCAGAAUAAAGGCUCUUUUUGAAGCAUGUAUUAGCACAAAAUUUUUGCCAUAUGUUCAUAAAUUGUUAAUGUUAAGUUUACUCGUUCCAAUAAAACGUGCUAUCAGAGAAGGACAAGAAACUGUUGAUCUUGAAGUAACUCAAAAGUUUUUGUGCGAUUUGUGUUAUGUAUCCAUGAUGCUUUUAUCGAAAAAUUAUAUAAUAGAAAUAGUAAAAACAAAUAAAUUGCUACUGAUAUACUGGAAAAAGCUUCAGUCAUUACGUAAAUUUGAUCUACCACAUGAACAUAAGUUUGAACAUCAAGCCAUAAGUAUAAUGGUUAUACCCUUGGCUGUAUGUGUUAGACGUUCAUAUAUUAAUCAUGAUCUUUUUGAUAUGUUUCUUACUAAAAUGAUUGAUGUGACAUCUACAGCUGUGCAAAGAUUAGCAUACAAUAUAAGAGAUUCUAUAUAUAAAAAUGAUUUACCUUUAGCAGAAAUUUGCAAAGUAUGCAUUGAUAUGCUCUUAGAAAUAACAGAUAUUAUGGACAGGGAUGUUGCAGUAAUUACAUUCCAAACAUUAUGUCAUGUUCUCAAGAACUAUGUGCCAAAUAUAUGUCAGAAAGGUAAUACAGGAGGAACAAAUAAUGUGGCAAACAUAGAAAAUGGACCAAAGAAAUUUACGUUUGUAUCUCCAUUGGAGGGAGACCCCAUAGUUGAUCACCCUACAUUGUUAGCAUCACUUCUUAAUGGGUUAGCAGUUAUGACAGAAAAGUUCAAAUUAAAAUGGCAAGAAUGUGUAGAAACUAUAUGCUUGCUAUCACUUGCACAAGAAAUCCUAAAUCAUCCAGGAAUAAUACCUGUGGUCUGUGUAAAAGCUUUAAAAGUAUGUAAGUUGGCAAUUCAAAAUUUCAUGCCGCCAAAUUUAGUACUACUCGUUGAAGCAGACAGCAACAUGAAUGAUAUAGGGCCAACGUUAUUCAAAAGAUUACACGAUAUAAACUGGGAAGUAAGGGAUAGUGUACUAGAAGUUUUAAAUACUAUUGCUACAAUUUCUGAAGACAAAUAUCCAGCAUUUCAAGAAUUUUUAUUAACAAAUCGGUUUCUAGAAAUCGCACUUGAAAUUGCUAAAACAGACAGUGAAAGUUAUGUUCGAGCAUCUGCUUUAGCUUUUAUUUCAACUACUAUUCGAAUAAACAGACUGUGGGAAGAAAAAUUAUCGCAGCUUAAUCUACCUGAUAUUGCAAUAAAUCUACUUAACAAUGAAAGUGAAGCUAUAGUAAGGAAGGAAGCUGUAAUUUUGAUAAAGGAAUUAUAUGUUCAUUGUAAAUGGCAGAGAGAUGUUAUUGAUUCAAUGUCACGAGCAAUGUCAGCAGCUGCUAUUUCUGAUCUUCAUUGGGAAGUAAAAACAAGUGCCCUUGAAUACUGGAAGCAAUUCAUAAAAUCACAUUUAUCCGAUCAAGGGGUGCUCGACGGACACUUUCCAAAAGUAACAUUUUCCAAAGAACACAGGAAAAUUGUGUCAUUAAACGAAACCGAAAUAAAACGAAGACUUAACAAAGCAUUAGAUGAAUUAGCAAAGCAAAAUUGUUUAGGAGUUCUUUUAGUUACUUUAGAAGAUGACAGCGAUUUCGAAGUAUGUAGAACUUCGGCAGGUAUACUGAACAAACUUAAAUCGUUUCUUUUGAAAUAUAAACUUGACGAACCUGUGCCAGAGCUUCCUCUUCCCAAAGAUAGUGCUACAUUAGACACUUCGUAUAUUAAAUAUGAACAAUCAAAUAAUAUUGAAAGUUCUAAUUCAGAAAAAGUGUUUAGUAACUCUAGCAAUGUUAUUGAAGAAAUUGUAGAUGCUAAUGAUGCAAAUCUUCUUGCUUCUAUCUACAAAAAUUCAUUGAAAAUGAAUGGAGAAGUACAAAACACAACGGAAAAAACGUUUGAAUUUAUUUCUUGUGUAACUAGACAAACAUUCCUUCAGAGGAUUUUUGAUUCAGAUAUCGAUGGUAUCAUUGAAGAAAAAUCUCGAUGGUUGACUACGUAUACAACGAGCUUUGAAUCUAUAUUGGAUGAUAUACUAACAAUGCAUAAACAAGGAGAUGUGAAUUCAAUGGAUUGCUAUUAAUUAAAAGUAAUAUGCCUUGUCUACUGGACACGAGUUGAAUUAUAAAUACUAUUUUGUACAUCAAUAUGGUAUGCAAUUUUAUAUUUAAAUAUUACUUUUAAAACUAUAUAUUGGCACUUUGCAAAUCAUACUCUAUCUAUUUCCCUUAUAAUAUGCAAUCAUAAGUUGUACUUUUAUAAGCAGGGUAAUUAUAACGAAAGUAGAAUUAUUGUUAUUAUUAAUAACACAUUUAUUUUAUAUAGAAAAAUAAGCAAUAUCUUUUUACAUUAUUUUUGUAUCAAAAGUAAAAUAAAAUUUCGUUGUUUUAUUAAAUACGUAAAUAAUACAAAAUAAAGUGAACUUAUAUUUAUA